ACUGUCUCUCAUUCUUAGGCGAGCGUGCGACUUGGAAUAACAAACGCAAAGCGAAGCGCCAACUUAGCAAAACAUCAACAUUUAAAGGCCUAGAAGCAAAAAGUGCAGGAUGCAGUUACUAAUUAUAGGCAGUUUGGCUUUGAUGCUGCUAGCACCAGAACUUGUGUUGACGCAGUCGGACAAUAGCUGUCAUACGCCCAUUGACGAGCUGGGCUACUGUGUGCCCGCACUGCAAUGUCAGUUUGUGCUGGAUCUGCAGGCCACCUACGGCAGCAAUGUGCCAAGAGCAAUUCAGACUCAGCUAAGACAGAUGGCUUGCAAUGCGGCCGGCUCACAAAAUGUUUUUCAUCUGUGCUGUCCUACGCGUGCAGUUAUAUCAGCUCAAAGCGGUGGCAAUUCCGGCGGACCAAGCACAGCUAGAACUAAGGCACCAGUUACUGUUCGUCAGGCUACCAUGGACUUGAAACGCAUUGAUCCCAGCGGCAUGGCGCUGCUCAAUUCGGUAACAGAUUGUGGUAAAAAGUCCAACAUCAAAUUAAGCGGUGGUGAAGUCACCAGAAUUGGUGAAUUUCCUUGGCUGGCGCUGCUGAAGUAUGAGACCACUGGGCGUCCCUUUCUUUGCGGUGGCAGUCUCAUCAGUGAUCAGUUUGUAUUGACAGCAGCGCAUUGCGUAGCCAGCGGCAAAAUCAUUGGUGUGCGCUUGGGUGAGCACAAUCUGGACACCGAGGAGGAUUGUCAGUAUCUUGGCGGGCGUCGUCGCGAGUGCCUGCCGCCCUAUGAGGAGUAUGGCAUUAGUGAAAUACGUCAGCAUCCCAGCUAUAAGGAAAACACUAUUAACUACGACAUAGCGCUGCUUAAGCUGGAUCGCCCUGUCAAGUUCAAGCAACACAUUAAGCCAGUUUGUCUGCCCAUUGAUGCCAACUCAAAGGACAUAGCUUACGAUCAGAGCUUCUUUACCGCCGGCUGGGGCAGAACUGAAAAGGACGUCGCCUCCUCAGUGCUGCUCAAGGCAGUAGUCAAGCGUCAGGAUCUAAACGUUUGCCGCAAUUAUUUCAUUGAUGCUCCAGUUACUGAAAAUCAUAUCUGCGCUGUUGGUGAGGGCAUAUUACACACUUGCCGUGGCGACUCCGGUGGUCCCGUCUUCUUCCGCAAUGCUUUCAAGGAAACCAUACGCUAUGUGCAAUACGGCAUUGUUAGCUUUGGCGGCAGACGUUGCGGCACCAAUCGCAAUCAGCCCAGCGUAUUCUCCAAUGUCAUUGACAUGUUGCCCUGGAUUACUCAGAACCUUUAUUGAGGCAGCUAAUUAAUUAACCAUAAUUGAUAUUUAUUCGUAGUUUAUUAUUGACAUUGCCAUAGUAAUUUAUAGAAAUUGUUUGUGCUAUUUUUAAGUUUUAUGAAAUAAAUCUGCAUUACAAAAAUAA